UCCAGAGGCACAACGACCAACAGAUGGAGAAAUAAAUUCCCUCAACAUCACAAGCAAAGAAUAGUUGAAUCCGCCGAAAGAGUUGGGUGGAAAUUGCAGAAGCAAGAACAAGAACAGACUAGCGAUUCUUGCCUCAAAUUAAAAGUAAAAAAACGGCUUCUUAAGAUAUUGAUGGAAAAUAAUUAUAAGAAGAAUCAUUCACUUGAUAAAUUGCCUGAAUGUUUCAUUCAGGAGAUACUUGGUUUUCUUAGUUAUGAAGAAGCAACGCGGAUGAGCAUUCUCUGCAAAACAUGGCUAUAAGAGAAUUGGUUGUGAAGAGUUGUUCUGUUUCGAUAUCCAGUAGUGUUGUGAAAUACAAUUCUUUGAGAAAACUUUCUCUAUAUGAUGUAAGAUUAGAUGAAAACAUGCUUCAGACUCUAGUUAAUAAAUGUCCCUUACUUGUCUCUGUCAUCCUAGAGUAUUGUCAGGGGUUAGAAAAGAUCAAGUCGGAUUCCCUGAAGGUCUUAAAGAUUUUUUAUAGUGAGAUAGGGGAGAUUGACGCUCCGAAUUUGGCAUCGCUUGAGUACGCGGGGAAUCAAAUUCCUGAACUUAGAAUUGCAAGAAAUUCAAGCCAAUUAGAGCACUCAAAAAUCGUUUUUGUAUGCCACGACAAUGUAAAUGCUGCCUUGUUUUGUAAGUUGAGGAAGUUCCUAUCAAAUUCGACCUCUUGGUCUCAAGUUUUGCUUUAUUUUAUAAAAUGCAGUGAGAUCAACACGACAGAUUUGCAACUGCACUACAGAGGUUCUAAUUUGCAAAUGAACCACACAAGUUCUAUCCCACAGGUGGAAGUUUUAAAUGUCAAUAUUCCUUUCCAGACUGAGGAGUGCCCAACUUUUGUGGAUGCUUUGCUAUGGAGUUGUCGUCCUAAGAGACUCAACCUACAAUCAACAAGCGCAAUGUUUACACAUUUCCUUAAUCGCUUGAUAUAUAUGAAGAAUUCGAGUCAUUCUACUUCUCAUGGAAAGGAGCCUUGGCAUAGUCAGUUAAAAGAAGUAAAAGCCUUUGACGUGAAAAAUCAGCCACUGGAACUCGGAAGUGGGGAGACAGGCAGUAAGCAGCCUCACGGAGAGUGAGGAAGUUUAUUUUUUAUUAGAUUGGUAAUGCAGUUAAUUUAUCACUAUUUCAAAUUGAAUGCACUUAUUCAUUUCUAAAGUUUAUUAAUAUAUUUGUUAGUAUAGGUUCAAUUCACAUCUAGCUUUAAAUUCUUGCAAUA